UUCUGUCAAAACAACUCCUGUCACGUGACUCCCUGACGUACAGUCCUCCACUCUGCGCUGAUGCAGGGGGGUUUCCAUCAUGGCGUCGAUGCAGAAAAGGCUACAAAAGGAAUUAUUAGCCCUGCAAAAUGAUCCACCCCCAGGAAUGACGCUUAAUGAAAAAAGUGUACAGAACACCAUUACACAGUGGAUUGUAGACAUGGAGGGAGCGCCUGGCACACUGUAUGAAGGAGAGAAAUUUCAGCUGCUUUUCAAAUUUAGUGGUCGAUAUCCUUUUGAUUCACCUCAGGUAAUGUUCACAGGAGAGAAUAUACCUGUCCACCCUCAUGUGUAUAGUAACGGUCACAUCUGUCUAUCUAUUCUAACGGAAGAUUGGUCGCCAGCUCUCUCAGUGCAAUCAGUUUGUCUUAGCAUUAUCAGCAUGUUGUCCAGCUGCAAAGAAAAGAGACGACCGCCUGAUAACUCCUUUUAUGUAAGAACGUGUAACAAAAAUCCAAAGAAGACAAAAUGGUGGUAUCAUGAUGAUACAUGCUAAUGUACAAACUUUGUAAUAACCGUAGAAGAAAGAAGUCCUACUGACCUACGUAAAGCACUUUUUAAUCAUUCAGUCUUUGAACUCUGACAAGUUUGACUGGAACUAUGGACACCAUGCGCUGGAGGCUCUUGACUGCAUUUCCCCCCCCUGCGGACAGUUGGAUGCAUGUUUUAGGCGGUUGUAACAAAUAAAAAACGAAAAUACUGGAACGUUUAGAUGCACCUGAGAUGGAUCAUUUAUUUUGCGAAAACGUUAGAAAAUGCAGCAAAGCAGGCAAGGUGGAUUUGUGGUGAUAAAAUUAUAAUUCCUGUUUUAAGAUUAUUAUUGUUACCUUUUUGUUUAUGUGUGGGUGCAUUUUAAGGUCCUUGUGUUGUGCAAUAAGAACGGAUGGAUGCAUGCUUGGGCCUACAAAGAGAAAUCCAAAUCUGAUCGUUUUUCCGGAAGGGAUCUGACCAUCGAAACCCCAAGAAAAUGCUUCAUCUGUUUUGUUUUUUUAAAUUAUAUGCACUGUGAAAGUAGUUUAAAAAGGCACUAUUAGUACAAUAUUCCAAACCUGCAGUUGUUCUGUAAGCAGUCCUCCACUGGCUUGAGGGGUUUUUAUUUUGCUACACUGUAUCAAGACAGUUUUCUUCUUCAUCUUCCAAUGCGAGGCCGUGCUGCGGUUUCUUCCUGCUGUUGGCGAGAACGUCGAUAGGGAUGGGAAUAAAACAGACACGACAACAGAUCUUAUUGUGUUAAAAAAUUGGCUGAACUCAUGUAGCGUUCACAAGUCCAGCCUUGAAGAUGUGCAGCGGCCUCUCUUCCAUUUUUAAGAAUGUCUGUGUCGAGAACGUUGUCGCACAACCCAUUUUUAUUAUGUAUGAUAUUUUUAUUUUGAAAUUUCAUGCUUUAAUCUUCUAAAAAUGUUUGAUUUUAAUGUUUUUGUACUGUUUUUCAACUAGCUGAUACUUUGAAAGGGUAGGGGUUGUUUUGAUGGGUCAGUAUGUUUUUAAUUUCUUUUUUUGUAUUUGUUAUUUAAUUACAAUCUUUGUUCUUGGCAACAAUAAUGGUAACGAAUGGCAAAAAGGCGUUUCUUUAUAGGAGAGCUAAAGACAAGGCUUUUGUGAUUCCCCCUGGUCAGAGUUUUGGCUCAGGUACUUUUUUCAAUAUAGAGAUUGCCUCUAAAAAAUACCUAUCAGAUAUUUUGAAUUUAACUAUAUUUUCACCAAAAGAGACUGUUAUGUUGUAAAAUUAUAACAUGUCUGAAACUAUUGUACAUACAUCUUGGAUCAUAUGAAAGAAAUUAGCAGAGGAUGCUUUUACUUUAUAGCGGAAUGAUAAUAGGAGUGCUUGAUUUCAUUGGACGUUAGCAUCUUUUGCUAAUUCAGAGGUGUACAGGCAGCAGCAAACACUACUGUUGGUUAAAAAUAGAAAAAAAAGUUUAGUAGUUUUACAGUGGGGAUGCAUGCGAUUUUAAACCCUACGUUUUCUUAUUGGCAUCAGACAUCGUGGCAACUUUUUAGUCCUUCCAUAACUUGGUUAAAGAUUUAUGGAGUUUUUAUGACAAAGCUCACCUCCACAGGCUGUUUGUAAUUUCGACUGUAACCGCUUCAUUCCUAAACAAAUGUUUUAUCGCCAUCCAGUAAGAGAUACUUGAAUUUUCCAUCUUGGGGUUGUUUGUAUUGCAUUUUUGCUUUUUUUUCCAGGGUCUAGAUGAAUUUCUUGAAUGAAUAUGAGUGAAUGUGAUGAUACUCUAUACUGUAGAGGAGAUUACCACAGCACACCACUAUCUCAAAAACUAUAUUGAUAACUUAGAGACAUCUAUUUAACCAAUGAUUUUCUUUUCAUAGUAAUGGUCUUGUCUGCUGUCGCCGUGCUAGGAGAAAAAGACCUGAAAUGAUUGUGUAAAUGCAGUCACAGCAGCGUUCGUGUGGGGACGAGGAGCCUUCACCAAGUAGAGAUUUGAAAAACAUGCAAGCAAUUGUGUUACAAGGGUUUGGAUGUGAUCUUUUUUUUUUUUUUUUUCCUGUUUUUUUUUUCCUCUUUUCAAUGUGGUUUGAACUCUUAGCUUGCAGGUUGUUGUGAGUGAUCAACACUAAUGAGGGUGUGUUUAUUUAUAUUUGAAAUUUUUGUUCUGGGAUGUGCAAGCUCCAUGUAAUAGGUGCCUGUUCAUUUUCAUAAUCAAUAAUAAAAGCAAAGAUUCACUUUUA